AUGCAGAUACGAGGAACUGGAGGUUCAGCAGGCAUUCGUAAGGGCGUCUACUUUGAGGCCGGUAUCCAUGCUCGGGAAUGGAUUUCACCCGCUACACUCAUUUAUAUCACCAAAACACUCCUUGAAGAUUACAUGACGGGUGAAUCUACGGCAGUGAGAUUCCUUGACACAUUUGACUGGUAUAUUGUACCUUCUCUCAACCCAGAUGGAUAUGUCCACACAUGGACAAAGGAGCGGAUGUGGCGCAAGACUCGAUCGAAUAAUGCGGAAAGUGCAUUUUCUGGUUGUACAGGGACUGAUGCUAAUAGAAACUGGCCAUACGAAUGGGGAGGUAAAGGAACUAGUUCUCACCCUUGCUCCAAUCUGUACCAAGGCAGAGGAUCUAUGUCCGAAUUGGAGGUCGAAGCUGUGGUCGAAUUUCUCCGCGAUAAGAAGGAUAAAGGCCAAGAUUUCGUUUGGUUUAUUGACUGGCACAGUUAUGCCCAGUAUAUCGUUACACCGUGGUCAUACUCUAGAGACGCACCAGACCCUCCUAACCUCAAGAACAUGUUGGAGGCAGGACAGGUAAUGGCAGAUGCAAUAGCUAGCUACAAGAGCAAUACUUUCUAUGAAGUAGGAACGACAGCUGAGUUAUUAUACGAAUUUAGUGGGGCAAGCAUCGACUGGAGUUAUGCACCAUAUAACAAGUAUGACAGGACAGCAGGAGGUUUAGAUGUACCUUAUUCUUAUGUUGUGGAGCUUCGUGAUAUCAACAAGUACGGGUUUAUACUCCCAGAAGACCAGAUUGAGGAUUCGGGAAAAGAGAGCGUACUCGGUGUCUAUGCGAUGGGAACAUACAUCAUUGAUGUUCUCAGCGCUGAGGGAAAACUCUAGGAAAAAACUAAUAGAGAUGCUGCAAGACUGUUGUGUCAUAUCUUGGACAGAAUGACAUCAAAAUCGAGUAUAUGUUAUAAUCAAAGAACUCUCUGGGGCAUGGUUCAUAGCAUGAAGCCAGGCAUAGUAAUAUUGCUGCUAUACACAUCAACAACUCUGAUGAGAUUGGAAAAUAAAUAAAAAAGAAGAAGAAAAAACACCCGAUGUUUUAAUGUUGUACAAUAAGCUGCUAAUCCAUGUGAUCAAAUUUUGAUUUGAUUUUAUUUUCUUCUACAUAACAAUAUAAUAUAACAUAGAUAUAACAAAUACAUAUAUUGAAAAUAAUUCAGGCAUAUAUCAUUUAGCUUAGAAUUAGUAGCAGAAGAUAAAUUGCCAUUGUAAGCAACAACAAAAAAAUGCUUGAAAACUAUGACAAACUGAAACAUAUAUUAACCAUUUAAUCAUAUUAUGAGCAGAAUGGAUAUGUAUAAUAUUAAAAAGAGAAGAAAAAAUC